CAAUACACAGAGCAGUGUAGUCAUAUUUGAAGUAUACAGUUGCAUUAAAGACAAUAAUUCUUCGAGCAUGUUUACUUCCUUUCCCUUUGUGGUCGUACUGGUGUUAUGCUACUGUAGCAAGGAGAGCAGUCAGUCAAUUCUGGGGCGUCCACAACUGUUUGGCCCUUCGGAGGCUUUGUUGAAAAGCGUUGCACAAUUUCAGUGUGAACUGAAUAUCUACCCAGAGAAUGAAACUAUCCUGUUUCAGUUAUUUAAGGAGAACCGUGACAAGAUUUUGGGUGAAUACUCCUCUCUGGAUGGGAAGAUUGCAGAAUUCUUCAUGGUAAUCAACCCUAAGCAUGAGGGAAACCUGGGGUGUGUGGCCAAGGGACAGAACAACUCUAACAUAGAGCCCACUGUCAGCGACACACACUACCUGAAGGUUGUUGAACCAGUGAAUGGUGCAAAGAUCGUCGUCAGUUCAGGUCCAGUGGAGUUCGUUGAGGGGAAGACACUGGAGCUACACUGUGCUCUUACUGCUGGAAAUCAUGUCUCUUACAAGUGGCUGCUAAAUGGACGGCUUAUCUCUCCGUCUCGUCUCCACUAUGUUGCAGAUGGCCGUCUCUUAAUCAGCAGAACUACUUCUAAGGACAGCGGCUCCUACAUGUGUGUUGCCACCAAUCACUUCAACAAAACAGUCUUCACCUCCAACAGCUCUGAAGUUGUAAUCACAGUCAAAGACAUGGUGUCAACCCCUGACAUCUCCUUCACUGUGUUAAAGCAAGAUCCCCACAGCUAUUCUGCCAUGGUCACCUGUCAGUCAGCCAAAGGGACUCCGUCUGUCACCUUUUCACUAUACAACUGGACAGAAUUGGUUUCCUCUACGACAGUUGAAGAGACAAAGGCCACAUUUAAGGUUCCAUUGGUCUUGGGCCAGCACUUGGGAUGGCUCCAGUGCCAUGCAAACAAUAGUGACCGGAUCGAAUCCAGUCAAAUGAUUCCCCUAGAAGUUGUCCCGGUUGGUGGGCCCGUGAUGAUGCAUUACGACUAUGACGUUGGAGAAAACCAUGCUGUGAUCGGCCUGAGGUUCUACUGCAAGGCGGCAAAGGGAUCUCUUCCUCGGUACCAGUGGUUCCUCAACAACACCCUACUACAUCACCGAGAAAGAUUCUUUUACGUGGUCAACCAGGCUUCAGAACAGUCUAUUCUCCUGCUGUCUGUAGGGAGGAGCAGCGCUGGAACGUACCACUGUGAAGUGUCAGACAGCUUUGACAACACCACCGCCAUACGCAGUAAGAGGCUGUAUUUGGAUAAAGAAGUGCUGAAUCGUCUCCCUGUCUGGGUGGUGGCAAUUGUCUUUGGAUGUUUCACAGCACUGAUUCUCCUGGUCUCCAUCUGUUGUUGUGUUGGAGCAAUGUUCAGGCGAAGGCAGUAUGGAGAGAAGUCUCUGAGCUUAGAGAUGGACGGAAGGGUAGCUGUAUAUGAGGGCGAGCUGGACCUGUCAGAGUACCAUGAGGAUGCUGAUGUGGUGAACACUGCCAGAGCCGGUGAAUUUGAUCAGGCAUCUGAAGCCUCCGUAGAUGAAUGGCCCCAAAUUAAGGCCUGCCUGAAAGAAGUAGAGGACCUGACCUGCUAGGGUCAGGACAACAACAACCUACUUAUAAAUGUCACUCAGCAAGACUAAAGAGAUGAUAGUUGUUUGGGAAGAAGCCCCUAAUAUCAACGGGUCCUCGGUAGGGUUGGGCAUCGUUUGGAUUUUAACGAUUCUGAUUCUGAUUCUGAUUCCAAUUCUUCCUUUCGA